CUCACUGUUGUAAUCAAUCAAGAAGGCCAAUAUCUUUAACAUGUUGGGCCUAUGGAUUUGAAAAAUGAUUCUAGCCUUUAGUUAGAGGCAAUCUUAAAAUUAAAAGCAUAGAAAACUAGAAGUGAGAGCAUUGCGUCUACACCUAUCUAAUGCUUUGCUUUCCCAAGACGAAAGAUAAGCCCCCAAGAAAACAAGACCUCUAUUUGCACAGAAUCUACUUGUUCAUUUGCUUCAUGCAACCUCUGCAUUAUCUAUAUAUGUGUAGAUUAUGUGUUUGUUUGUCUUGUAUAUAACAAUACCUUCUUCAAAUCAUGUCAUUAAGUCAGCCUAUAACACGGACCAAUGGUGCACCUAAUGGAGCAUUUAGAACUUUUGGCCUCUAUUGGUGCUACCAUUGUCACCGUACGGUCAGGAUUGCAUCCUCUAACCCAACUGAGAUCGCAUGCCCCCGAUGCUUGAGACAAUUUGUCGUCAAUAUUGAAAUGAGACAGCCUCGGAUUACUUUCAAUCAUGCUGCUCCGCCUUUUGAUGCUUCCCCUGAGGCUCGUCUUCUCGAAGCUCUAUCACUCAUGUUUGAUCCUCCAAUCAUAGGUGGGUUUGGUGCAGACCCAUUUCAUAGAGCAAGAUCCAGAAAUAUAGUGGAACCUGAACAAAGACCCAGACCACACCAUCGACGACGCCACAGCCUUGACGGUAUUAACAAUGACGGACUACCUCCACCAAGAAGAACAUAUGUUAUUCUUCGACCCAUAAAUCCGACUAGUCCGCUUGGAGGCACAAUCGAGCAACCAAAUCCUGCACCACACCCGCGUUUAAACACACAUGACUUCUUUACUGGAGCAUCAGGCUUAGAGCAGCUGAUUGAAGAGCUAACACAGGAGGAUAGGCCCGGACCACCACCUGCAUCAGAACCCACCAUUGAUGCACUACCCACAGUGAAGAUAGCACCACAGCAUCUAACCAACGACAUGUCCCAAUGCACAGUGUGCAUGGAAGAAUUCAUUGUUGGUGGAGAUGCUACGGAAUUACCGUGUAAACAUAUUUACCAUAAAGAUUGUAUAACCCCGUGGCUCAGGCUUCACAAUUCUUGCCCUAUCUGCCGACGUGACCUGCCACCUGUCAACACCAUUGCUAAUUCUCAAGAAAGGAGCAGUUCUGUUAGACAAGACAUACCUGAAAGAAGGCGCUCGAGGUGGAUGCAGCUUGGGAGCAUUUGGCCCUUUAGAGCAAGAUACCAAAGGGUUAGUCCAGAAGAAAGAGCACACCAGAAUCCUCGAGUUCAAUCUCAGUGGACUUUCUGUAACAUCCUUUAGCCUCUUGAACCCAGCCAUUACACGAGGGUAAUAAAUGCAUCUGGCUGAAUCAGGACUUUUAUGUCCUAUAGCCUUAAAAUUUGUUCAAGCUUUAACAAGUAGUUUCUGAACGAUACAUGAGUCAUUUGAAAGA